AUCAUUAUAUAUAUAUAGGUAUAUAUAUAAUAUGACAUUAAUAUUAUUAACAGCUCGAGAGGUCGCACCCUAUCGAGGAUAGGCCAUUGUUUCAGCUGGUGUUGACGAGAGGGCAAAACCUUGACUCCUACAUGGAGAGAAUGCGACAAAACCGCCAUGUCGACGCCGGUGUCCAAUGAAGUUGCUGAUGUGGCUGAAACCUAACCCUAGGGUCAGGUUCUGCCCUCGUUUCAUAUGGCUGAAAUCUUUGAUAACACGCAGUGCAAGUCAUGGUACCAAGGACCCAGUGGGAACGUUAAAUGAAAAUGCUGGAGAGUAUUCAAGAGGCUUCUACUCUCAGCGCAAGGUCAUAAAGAAACUCACAGACCUGUUUGUUGAGACCAAGGAUAAUGCCAUGCAGAUCCCCAUUGACAGUAAAUCAUGCAACACCGUUGAGCCUGUCUUGAAGCCCUAUUGGUGGAUAAAUAUCAACAUCUUGCAAUCAAGCUUACAAGAGGCCAGGUGA